AGUUAGCAUAUGGAGUGACAAGGAAAGGAAAACGCCGAAACGGCAACGCAUAGCUUUGCCCAUGCAAAAUGCCAUAUUUGAUACAUUACCCCAUGUGCUCCCCCGGUCCCGUCUCUCAUUUCUCAUCCCAUUUGUCGCGUUCUGAUUGGCUCUCUCGCUCUCCGCUUAGUUAAAAAAAAAAAAAAAUCGAUCACCGUAUCCACCGAUAAAUAUCCGAACUGCAAACGCUCUUCCCUAUCAGCAGCUUCAAAAAUCCCCCAAAAUUAUCCAUUCCAGAAUUCCCGAUUUCUCUCUUUCUCGCUACACAAACCAAUUCCCACUUUCAAUCUCCACUAAUUUCUUCCAAUUCAUAACAAUCAUGACCGCCGAAGAGCUAAUCCCGGGCCUGCCGGAGGAGAUAGCCAUGGAGUGUCUGAUCCGAUUGCACUUCACAGCCCACGGCGUCGCCUCCAGGGUCUGCCGCCGGUGGCGCCAGCUGGUCCGGAGCAGGGAGUUUUACUACCACAGGAAACAAACGGGUCAUACCCGGAAAGCGGCCUGCCUAAUUCAGGCCCUGCAGGCCCCGGAGUCGGAACCGUCGGGGGACAAGCCGGUCGGGCCGGCGAGGUACGGGGUUUCGAUGUUCGAACCCGUCAGCGGGUCGUGGGAGCGGGUCGACCCGGUCCCCGAUUACGCCGACGGGCUGCCCCUGUUCUGCCAGGUGACGAGCUCGGAAGGCAAGCUGGUGGUGAUGGGCGGGUGGGACCCGGCCGAUUACCACCCGGUCAGCCACGUGUUCGUGUACGAGUUCACGACCCGGAGCUGGAGGCGCGGGCAGAGCAUGCCGGGCGCCCGGUCGUUCUUCGCCGCCGGCGAGUUCGACGGGAAGGUGGUCGUCGCCGGCGGGCACGACGAGAACAAGAACGCGCUGAAAACCGCGUGGGUUUACGACGUGAAGGGGGACGAGUGGACGGAGCUGCCGGCGAUGAGCCAGGAGAGGGACGAGUGCGAGGGGGCGGUGGUCGGGUCGGAGUUCUGGGUCGUGGGCGGGUACCGCACCGAGAGCCAGGGCGAAUUCGAGGACAGCGCCGAGGCGAUCGACCUCUCGGCUGGCCGUGGCGCGUCGGAGUGGAGGCGCGUGGAGGGAGUGUGGAAGGCCGGGCAGUGCCCGAGGUCGUGCCUCGGGGUGUCGACGGCGGCGAAGGGCGGGGCGCUGUUCAACUGGGCGGAGAUGGGCGGCGGAGCGGUGAAAGUGGGGGCCUGUGGGGUCCAGCUGGGGACCGGAAUGACGCUUGUGUCCGGGUCAGCGUACCAAGGCGGGCCACAAGGGUUCUAUGCGGUGGAAGGGCAGAAUGGUAAAUUCAACAAGCUGAGUGUGCCGCUUGAGUUCGCCGGGUUUGUGCAAUCCGGAUGCUCCGCCGAAGUUUGAUGGGAAAAAGUGGUUUGUCCUAUUUGGAUGGAGUGGAAGUGGCCGUAUUGUAUUAUAUCGUUUUGGCAUACUACUCUGCCUUUUUCCUUUCUUGGGCUUUUUUUUUUAUUAUGCCCUUUCACCGUUCCAAGUUUUUGGUAAUGUUAUCGUUCGGGAGCCCGGAUCUUUUUCCAAAAUAUCAGACUUACUAAAAAUAAUUCUCAUCGUACCAUACUUUCUACUACAAUUCAAAAUAAUUCUCACAGUACUAUACUUUUACUAAUUUUUUUCUCUCCAAAAUAUAAAGUUUGGGUGAUUCACUGUACUGUUCAGCUAUUUUGCAAAGCAUAUCACAUUAAACAUCACCAAUCCUCUUACUAUGGUAAUUACCAAACAAAUUAAACCUUAAUUCUAGUAACCAUAGUAUAAAAUAUCAUGACCGAA